AUGACCUCCUGGCUCCUGCCCGAGGAGCACGCGGAGGCACUGGACGAGCCGCUCGUCGUCGCCGAGGACGACGCGCACGCCCAUGCUGCGAUGGCAGCUGGUGCCGCCGGCCUGGCGCGGGCAGAAAGUGGCCGCUUUCAGCGCUCCGCGGGGGGCGGCGACAGGGCAUCCCUGCUCUUGGACGCCCCGGAGUCGUGCGCGCUGCCUGCACGAGCCAGCGUCAGCGCGCACCUGGUAUGGCCCGUGGCCUCGAAGAUGAUGGCGAGCUCUGCCUCUCCAAGCAGGUCUGCGCGCUUGAGCAUGGUGGACAGCAUACCCACUCCAAACAGCGCGCUGCAGGCCACGUCCGCGGAGCCGGUGGCGCAAGAGCCUCUCGCGAUGGAGUCGUUGGCCUUGCGCUCCUCGCUCUGGCCGCAGGGGUCCGAAAUCGGGUCGCUGGGGUGGCUAGAGCAGCUCAGCGGCGCGUCGCCUGCCACGAACAGCGGGGCACUGGCGGCGUUGUACAACGGUCGUCCGAGCUGGCGCGAGCGCAGCCACAGAGGCCCCCCAGGACCCACGUCCACGCUGGAGGCGAUCUACUUCGAGGGCGCAGCCAGGAGGGUGCGCGCCGACGGCUCGGCGACCAGCCCACUCCCGCGCCCGCCGCCCGGCCUGCGGCGCGACCUCCUGCCGCGCCCGGGCACUGGCGCGGGGCCCUGGCGCCGCUCGGCGCAGCGCUGCCGCACCGCCACGGGCCUGCCCGCCGCCGCCGCCAGCCUGGCCCCGCUCGCGUCGCUCUCCGCCGAGCCCGGCCCCGCGGCCUCGGCGCCCGCCUGCACGGCCGCCGCGGACGGCGGCAGGCCCACCACGGCGCCGGCGUGGCUGGACGCGCCCGGGGCGGCCGGCCCCAGGCCGCGGGGCAGCCGCAGCGCGGCGCGCCCGCGGGCGGCGCCGCGCGGGCCGCGGGCGACGGCCGCGCCGGCGGAGCCUCCGCGGCAGGCUCCGGGCGACCCCGCGGGAGGGCCCGGCAGCGACCAGCCGCAGGCGCGGGGCGCGGAGCAGGGGCGCCCCCCGCGGCGGGCGGCCAACGCGUCCUGCCCCUUCUCGCACGCCGCCGUGGGCGCCGCGAGCGCCGUGGAGCUGCGCUGCGGCCACUGCUUCGCGCUCUCCCACCUCCGCGCCGCGCGCGAGGCGGCGCGGCUCUGCGUGGGCGCCGGGCUGUCCGCCGAAUGCCACGGGGAGGCGCUGAUCUGUCCCCUGUGCGGGGACCAGGCCGGAUCGGCCCUCCUCGGCGCUCGCGGGGGCGUGCUCACCGCGUACUCGGCAGACAAGGAGGCCUACCUGGGCGAAGCCCGGAAGGACUGGCAAGCGCCGCUGGAGCUGCCCCACACCAGCGAAGGACCCGUUUCCCUCAAGACCACAUUCUUUUUUGGCAAGGAGGGCCGGUGGCCAUUGCAAUCCACAGCCCGCUGCAGCCUGGCGGUCGUAGCGUUGAGCAGAGGGAGUGAGGCACAUUAGUAUUUGCGCCUGUCUUCUUUUUCCGCGCUGUCGCCAUGAUUCUCUUCCUUCUGCGCGGUCCUCCUCCUCCUCCUCCUCCUCGCCCUCGCCCAGUCUCUAGGUCCCGCCUCAGCGCCAGGGGCGCUUUUUCCCGCCAUUUAGGCUCCCCUCGUCUUGACGAACUUCUUUGGCUACCCUGGCUCCUGCACCUCCUCCCAGGAGCACGGCUCGCGCCCUCCCGUCCAGCGGCGAAACUGGAGCCGCCGGGCCAAGGGCGCCGUGGCCGCCGCGUGCAAACAACACAAGUCGACGGCGAUUCGGUCCCGUGCCUCCGACGUCGUGAGCUGUGCUAUUUCCCUGUGCUACUGAGGAGUUCUGUCGGCUUCCAGCGGGUGAUUUCGGACCACGAGGCAAUGAAAGGGUGUCCUGGG